CUCUGAGUGGGUGGAAUCUCCCCUGACCCCCACCCCCAGGCUGCCUGAACAAAGCCUUUUCCAGCCUGAAGUUUUGUCCCAGUCAUACCACAGCCAAGUAAACAGCCACCUGCUUGCCACCUGGGGAGUUCAGCAGUGAUCUGGCCUGUAUCUUGGCAUCCAGAAAAAGCAGAAGGUUCCUUACUGAAAGCAGAGUCAAGGAUACAGACACCACAUCUGCUUCAGCCAGCCAUCUCCCGUGAGGAGCCGACAGCCUGUGCCAGGACCCACCAGCAGUCCUUGGCCCCCAGCAGAAUGUCCAAGCCGGAUUUGAGUCAUUCUGUGUCUCCCUCUUCCUCACGGCCUAGUGUCACAGCAAAACUCAUCAAUGGAGGUGUGGCCGGGCUUGUUGGGGUGACCUGUGUGUUCCCCAUCGACUUGGCCAAGACUCGGCUGCAGAACCAGCAUGGAAAAGACAUCUACAAAGGAAUGAUAGACUGCCUGAUGAAAACUGCUAGGGCAGAAGGCUUCUUGGGCAUGUACCGAGGAGCUGCAGUGAACUUAACCUUGGUCACUCCAGAGAAGGCCAUCAAGCUGGCAGCCAAUGACUUCUUCCGGCAGCUGCUAAUGGAGGAUGGGAUGCAGCGGAAUCUGAAGAUGGAGAUGCUAGCUGGAUGUGGAGCUGGAAUAUGCCAGGUGGUGGUUACCUGUCCCAUGGAAAUGCUCAAGAUUCAGCUGCAGGAUGCUGGGCGCUUGGCAGUUCGUCAGGGCUCGACCUCAGCACAUUCCUCCUCCAGGUCCUACACUACGGGUUCAGCUUCCGCCCACAAGCGCCCGUCUGCCAGCCUGAUCGCCUGGGAGCUACUCCGCACCCAGGGCCUGGCCGGUCUCUACAAGGGCCUGGGCGCCACUCUCCUCAGAGACAUCCCCUUCUCCAUCAUCUACUUCCCACUGUUUGCCAACCUUAACAACCUCGGGGUCACCGAGAGCACGGGGAAGGCUUCCUUCGCUCAUUCCUUCAUGUCAGGCUGCGCUGCGGGUUCCGUAGCAGCUGUCGCAGUAACACCUCUGGAUGUUUUGAAAACUCGAAUCCAAACCCUCAAAAAAGGCCUGGGUGAGGACAGCUACAGUGGGAUCACCGACUGUGCCAGGAAACUCUGGAUUCAGGAGGGACCAUCUGCCCUCAUGAAGGGAGCAGGCUGCCGGGCCCUUGUCAUAGCCCCCCUCUUUGGGAUUGCCCAAGGGGUCUACUUUGUUGGUAUUGGGGAGCGGAUCUUAAAGUGUUGCGAGUAGAGAUAGCUGGAGCCCAAGUCCCCUGCCAUCUCUCUAGCCCAUUCGACUUAGACUAGAGGGGAACGAGCAAGGUGGCCCAUCCAGGUUGUAUUUUGUUCUCUAACUUGUAGUGCUACCUCAAUAUCAGAAGAAACACUCUUACUCUAAUAAGCAAGUUAGGUAUGGUCCCAUUCUCCCUUCCUAUCUUCGUUCAUUCUCUUUGGGGCUGCAGCUACCGGGGAGCUUCAGAAGCCCCUAACCACCUCCUUUUCAACAACAGAAACAGUACAUGCUUGGGUUGGAUUAACUGCAGGCCCUUAACACAGUAAAGAUUGAAGGGUCAUUUCUACA